AUGUCUGACAACGAAACGCCGCCUCAAAAUGUCGAAGCUACCAGUACUGAGGUCGCCCUUACUGGCGGAGAGGUCGCACCACCCGCAGAGCGAAAGAUGAAGAAGAUAAUACGCAAGAAGAAGCGUCCGGCGCGACCACAAAUCGACCCAUCGAUGAUGAAAUCUGAGCCUCCACCACAGACUGGUACAAUCUUUAACAUCUGGUACAACAAAUGGUCGGGGGGCGAUCGAGAAGACAAAUACCUAUCCAAGACGGCGGCUGCCGGUCGUUGCAAUGUCGCGUUGGAUACAGGAUACACGAAAGCGGAUAAAGUUCCUGGGAGUUACUUUUGUCUGUUCUUUGCCAGAGGCAUAUGCCCAAAGGGCCAAGAGUGCGAAUACUUGCAUAGAUUGCCUGGGAUCCAUGACCAUUUCAAUCCAAACAUUGAUGUUUUUGGUCGGGACAAGCAUUCUGAUUACAGAGAUGACAUGGGAGGUGUUGGAAGUUUCAUGAGGCAGAAUAGGACUAUAUAUGUUGGUCGGAUACAUGUUACUGAUGACAUAGAGGAAGUCGUGGCUCGUCACUUUGCGGAAUGGGGUCAGGUGGAAAGGACUCGCGUGCUCAACACUCGUGGUGUCGCUUUCAUCACGUACUCGAACGAAGCAAAUGCACAAUUCGCGAAGGAAGCUAUGGCCCAUCAAGCUCUCGAUCACAGCGAAGUGCUAAAUGUUAGAUGGGCAACAGCUGAUCCCAACCCAAUGGCACAAGCACGAGAAGUCCGAAGGAUAGAAGAGCAGGCCGCAGAAGCUGUCCGAAGAGCGUUACCCGCGGAGUUUGUGGCGGAAAUUGAAGGACGCGAUCCGGAAGCACGAAAAAGAAAGAAGAUUGAAGGCGGAUUUGGACUGGCCGGAUAUGAAGCUCCGGAUGACAUCUAUUUUGCGAGGGGCGCUAACGCUGUUAAUCCAGUUGGCAGACGAGGGCUCGAGCUUGAGGAGGAGCAAAGAUUGAUGAUCGAGGCAGAUCAAGUUGAAAGAAUGGAGGAGGAAGAAAACGGAAUAUUUUCGAGCAGUACUCUGGCGGCGUUACAAAAUACACAAGGAGCAAUUGCGACAAAACCCAAGCCAAAGGCAGUUGGAGGUCCCUUGGUCGCGUACGAUAGCGAUAGCGAAUAG